AUCGCAAUUUACCCAAACACACACCAACAAACAACACUAGUCGGUGGCACCUAGUUCGUGACUCAACCAACCAACUUAAAACACAGAAAAAUCAAAAUCAAUCAAAAGCUAGAGAGGAGUGAGAAUAGAACAGAAAGUUCCAUAAAUCAAAAUCUUUUUCCUUCCAAAUAUGUGUAUAUUAGUUAGGGUUUUCAUCACUUGUAUUUUCCAAUUUUUCUUGUCAUUAUUAUUACCCACCCUUGGCCCUUACUUUUUCUUCACCUGUGACAGCGGAUUUUUUUUCCCUGUUGCAAAAUUGUUCCAUAAACCCUAGUAUUAUUGUAUUUAAACUGCAAAAUCUGUUUUUAAAAAAUCUCGGUGGAAGAAAAACAUGUAAAGAUUUUGGUGGAUUGCAAGAAUUUUGGUUUAACGCAUGCAAUCAUGAUGGUUGAUCCGGAGAGAGUGAUAUUCGAUAUAAGUUCAGAUGAAGAAGUGGGUUUUGUGAAAACUAGAGGCGGCGGCGGCGGCGGCGGCAGUGGUGGGAGCGAUGACUAUGACUGGAUAACGGAGCUUUUAGGUGAAGGGGAUGGACACAGCAAAGACGAUUCUGACGAUGUUGUAGUGGUCCGGGAAGUUAUUAUGAAUCCCAAGCAAAAUUUGAAGUCCUUACACAAUUCUACUAAGCCGUCUGUUAAUAAUGAUGAUGUUGAUGAUGAUUGUGUGGUUUUGGAGGAAGACCCAGAUAAGCCUGUUGAAGUUGUGAAUGAUAGAGGUGAUGAUGAUGAUUUGCUUGUUGUAAGUGAAAAGGGUCAGAUUGCCUGCAGAGAUUAUCCCCAUUCACGACAUCUUUGUGCUAAAUUUCCCUUUGGCUCUACUCCCCAUGAAAAGCACUGUGAUCAGUGCCAUUGUUAUGUUUGUGACACACUUGCUCCAUGUGUCUACUGGCGCACUGCCCAUUGUCAUGCCACUGACAAGGACAAGUUUUGGAAAGCAGAGAGACAAAGCACAAGGAAAAGUGAUAAAGCGCUUCCAGUGGUCACUCCAGGCCGAGGUAAUUCAGUAUCUGGUCCCCCACCUGUAGCUAACCAAGCUCCAGGUUUUAUUCCGAGAUUGCCCAAUUAUCCCCAACAUAACCAAACGUUUAGACAAACCUCAAUUCGUCCUUGUUCCAUGUCAAGCAGUCCUGGAUUACCGAAUUCAACUAGACAGCUGUCCACUGCUCUUAGAGACAAAUUUCAUAGCCAUGUUGUCUCUCAACAGUUGCGCAAUGCAAGCAGUAAUGUUAAUCCAGGGGACAGAAGGCACGUGGGGCCCCAGUUUUUUACUACCCGGACAGCGUUCAAAAGGGCAGGGUCAUCUAGACAGGCGAUUGCUACUGAUAGAUUUGGAUACAAUUCAUCAAACACUUGUUCUGUGCCUCAAUUUGGUAGAACUCAUUCUUCAACGGCUAGGUGGCAAGUGCCUUGGGGCUCAAGGCCUGUAGGCUCGAAUAGCUAUAUUGCUUCCUCCCAGUACAAUACUGGCAUACGUGAUGCUAGUGCUGUUUCUUUCCAAGCUCGACUACAGAGGCAGCCUGAUCUUGUUGGUGUGUCUGCAAAUUAUGCACCAAUGGGACCUCAGAUACCCUCUCAGUCCAAUGCUGAGAUGGUUGGUCCUAAUGCUGUUUCUUCCCAGCAUCAGCUACCUCGGCAGCCUUCUUUUGUGGGUGCAUCUGUAAAUUUUGCACCAAUGGAGCCUGGGAUCCCUUCCCAGAUCAGUGCUGGCAUUGUUGGUGCUAAUGCUGUUUCUGGUCAACCUCAAUUACCUAGGCAGCCUAGUCAUGUGGGUUUAUCUGCAAAUUUUGCACUGAUGGAACCUGAGAUGCCCUCCCAGGCCAGCACUGGCUUGAGUGGUGCUAGCGCUGUUCCUUUCCAACCUCGGUUACCUAGGCACCCUAGGUUUGUGAGUGCAUCUGCAAAUUAUGCACCAAUGGAACCUCGGAUUCCCUCUCAGCCCCAAGUUAGUGUAGGUGCAAAUUCCACGUCUUCAGAAUCUCCAACCUUCGUUCUGCCAUAUGCUAUUUCACUAUCUUCCCAGUCACAGGUGGGUAAUAUAUAUGACAACCCACUGCCACCUGAAGCCCAAAUGCUCUCUCAACAGUAUGCAGAAGGAAACUCCGCUAACAGUUUGCCUCAGCAAACUUCGGUAGCCUUCCAUCCAGAAGGAGGGAACACUUCUGUAAAUACCACUGCUUCCCAGUAUCUACUGGCCUGCUCAGCAAAUUCAGGCACCGCCCCUGGAAAUUCAAGUACCGCGGUCUCCCAGUUGUCCAAUCAGCCAGAUGGGGAAACCUCAUCAAACAGUUCAGUUCCCUGCAAUGUCGAUUUGCCUUCCCCUGCUACAAUGGGAAGCACUUUUGGGAGCAGGGGUGAGAACACUCCCUCUUGCCAACCUGAACUAUGUAGACUGCAUAUUCCAUCAUCAUUUGAUAACCAAAAUAUUUCCCAGCAUGGAUAUCAAGGUGAAGAUACUUUAGUUCCAACUUUCGAAGAUUUUGACUUUGAUUGGGAGACACCUAUUAGCCAAACCAACAGUUUGGGUAAUGUAUUUAAUCCUAAAUCUGCAGAGCCACCGGAGGUAAGUAGACAUCCGCAGUUAAUGGAAAGCAUAACCUGUGUGGACAUUCAAUAUGAUGAUUGGUUAGUUUCGGGACCUUCAGACACUCCAGUUUCGACAGGAUUUAACAUAUUGUCCCCUGAAGCUCCUCCUAUAGAUUCUGGAUUUUUUGUUGACUUCUAAAUGUUGGCGGCAUCCUUGACGAAACAUGCCCUUUCGGUUUCGUUUUUCUUUUAGAAACAAAAUUAGGAAUCUUCUCGCCUUUAAGGGUAGCUGGGUACAUGUGGUUUAAAGAGUUUAGGGUUAACAGGUUAAGUUUUCCUCUGGUGUAAACUGCUUUUGUGUCGGAAACCCAAACAAUUCCGUUCACCUGUAAACAGUACUAAUUUCUUAUGUAAUGCCAUCUUAAUGGCAUUUUUUUUUGUCAAAAAACUGGUUUCAGUGAAAAGAUGAUAUACAAUUGUCAAUUUUUGUGAA